UUGGACGAGUGACAAUUGUGUUUGCAACAUUUCUGAGACUUAGAGAGAACUUAUCGAGCAAAGAAACAUGUUGUGCAAGUGAAAAAAGUCAGAUUGGUUACGGCAAAGAUUUAGAAAAAAAAAAUAUGAAAGUGCAACAAAAAAAAAAUCGAUAAAGAAAUGCUGCAAGUCUGAAUACAUCGACUGCCACCAAAGUAAGCCCAUCUUGAAUCAUUCCCAUUCGAUUCCAAAGUGAAAUGAUCCUAAUUAGAUCAAUCCAAAGAACAAUUUCUUUUUUCAAAUAAUUUUCCUCUGUCAAUGUGAUUUUAUGGACGAGAGAUUCUUGUGUGAUAUCCCAAAAAGAAGUGAUUGUGUUCCUAAAGUGUUGAUGCGAAAGCUAAAAAUUUGCGAGAAGCGAAAAAAAGAUCAUGAGAAAACUGCUUUGAUGCUAAAGUUAUGUGAAUUCAACCAAAAAGAAGCAAAAAAAAAACAAAUAAAGAUAAAAAUUCUAAUAAGAGAUUGAUCACAAAUUGUAUUUAUAUAAGUGAAGAGCGGAAUUAUAAAACUCAAAAGCAGUUUAUGUUUUUUUUUUCACAUUUGAAAUACAAAACCAAGAACAAAAACAUAUAAAUGUUAAAAUUCUGAAGUACAAAAUAGCUGAUAAAAAGACUUUUAUAAUAAUCCAUAAAUAAAGACUAGUUGAUUUGAUUUGUUAAAUCCGCAUUAAGAAAAAUAUAUAAAUUAGUCGCAACCGUCGCCGCCGCCAAAUAGAAAGACAAGAUACAUAAUAAAAUCCACAAAGAACAACAAACAAAAACGAAAUCAAAUUGACUGACAAAGACAAAAGAGAACCCGUCGUAAAGGCUAAAUCCAAAUUCACACAACAACCAAAAAAAAAGCAGAAAAUUCAAUACAAAAAAAACAAAAACAUUUUGAUCCAAUAAACACAAGCACAAACAGUUGCUCAACGCAAGUGAUCAUAUAAUGUUGAUUGGAUCAAAUUUGAACAGUGAUUUUGGACCAUUGCCAAGUGCCCCUUGGAAUAUGGAACCACCGAGACUACCACUCAGCACUGGCGGCGGCUCAAUGCCACAAUCGACCAACAUACAAUUGUCACCAACCGCAGUAAGCUUAAGUCAAAAUAUGCCCGGUGCCGCAACCGCUUCCGUAUCACCAGCAUCUGUGUUCAGUGGUGGAGCAUCUCCGUCAACAUUAAGCGCUCUAGUAUCACAGCAUCGGCUAUUGGAAUUGUCACGAUUUGGAUUGCGUGGCUAUGACUUGGCCCAGCACAUGCUAACACAACAAGGAGCUGUUUCCAAAUUGCUAGGUACGCUUCGUCCACCCGGUUUGAUUGGUGGUUCUAAACCAAAAGUUGCAACGCCGGCCGUUGUAUCGAAAAUCGAACAGUAUAAACGGGAGAACCCGACGAUAUUUGCGUGGGAAAUCCGAGAACGGCUCAUUUCCGAAGGCGUUUGUACAAAUGCAACAGCACCAUCGGUAUCCUCAAUAAAUCGCAUCCUGAGAAAUCGAGCCGCCGAACGUGCAGCGGCCGAAUUUGCACGAGCCGCUGGCUAUGGACUUUACCCACCAAAUCCUUAUAGUAGUUUUGCUUGGCCGGCAACGGCACAUUUAUGGUCGGCAGGCAGCGGUUUUCCAGGCAUUUCACCUGGUUCAGCAACAACAUCCGGCACUGCAUGCUCACCGGGUUCGGGAAGCCAUGAUACUCUUGGAUCACCCGAUGGAAAUCGACUUAUCGAUGUUGAAGGUGAAGACUCGGGAAGUUUGGAUGGUGAGCAGCCGAAAUUCCGACGAAAUCGUACAACAUUCAGCCCCGAGCAAUUGGAAGAGCUGGAAAAAGAGUUUGAUAAAUCGCACUAUCCAUGCGUAAGCACGAGAGAGCGCUUAGCAUCACGGACAUCGUUAAGCGAAGCUCGAGUCCAGGUUUGGUUUUCCAAUAGGAGGGCAAAAUGGCGACGACAUCAACGCAUGAACAUGCUCAAGCAACGUUCGUCGCCAACACAACGAAGCACUUCAAGUUACACCCCUACAUCUCCCGACCUACAGAGGGGACGUCCCGAAGCCUAUGUACAACAACCGCCAGCAGCAUCGCAGCAACAGCCGAACUCAAAAUGCUCCAGCGUUUACUUUAAACAUGGCGAAAAAUUCAACAAUCCACAUCAGGCAUCGCAUCACACAGCAAAUCAACUAAAUGUAACAGGAUCAGUCACAGCAUCAGCUCCAUUAUUAAUGGGAGGCGAACAUAGUGCAUUCCGAUCGCUUGUACCUUCAGCUUCGACCGCCGCUCUAUUGGCCGCAUCGGCGCAAUUGGGUCUAACCAGACCGUACAAUCGUUCGCCUCACAUCAUGAGCGAUGAAUCCGAUGAAGAAAUCAAUGUUCACGACGAUGAAUCCGACAACGAUUCCAACUAUAAUCCACGUAGCAGCAGCAGCAAAACCAACAGCAAUAGCAACAACAACAACGACAUCAUUUCGAAUAAGAUCUCAGUUGCCGGUGGUGAGAAUUAAAUUUUUAAUUAACUAAAUGUCUUUGUACAAAUCUGAGAAGAUCAAAGCUUAGAAGCUUGAAACGUUGCAGACAAACAAACAAAAAAAAAAAACAAUACGACUUUAAUAUCGUAAUUCGUUUGGGGGAAAUGAAAUGAACCAUCCAAUCAUCCCAACUCAAAGCACUAUUUUUCAUGUAGUUUGCUGUUAUUUUGACAGAAUCAUCAGACCAUUUAAUAAUUGAUUAACGUGACAUUGUCAUGAAACUCAUUUGUGUCGCGCGCUUUUCUUGAAUGCACAAACCAGAAAAAAUGCAUGGAAAUUUUGAAUCGAUUGAUGUUAAGAAAAUUCCAGCGAUGAUUGAAAAAUUGUUUUAAAGUGUUAAAAUGAUUUUAACACCAGUUCCGAUCGACUUUACAUCACAUAUUUCAUUCAAAUUGAGCGCUAAUGUAACAUUAGUAAUAUUAAAUGCCGCAUCAAAGGAUGUGUUGUUCAAAUCUGGUUGUAUUGAAAAUGCUGUGAGAAUUCCCCACAAAAAAUGUGCGUGCAUUCAAAUUAGUCGCGUUAAUUUUUUUCUCGUCAAAAUCGAAACAACAUUUGCAUUGAAACAUUCGACCAAAUUGACACGCUCAAAAUUCAUUCCAAACAAUUGCUACUCUCUCUCUCUCUCUCUCCAUAAUUAUAUAGUUCAUUUUAUCGAAAGCAACACAAAAAAAAAAUCUCUUCAAGUUAAACAAACAAAUUUUCAGUGUUAAUGAUCUUAGAAUUGCGUAUUUAAGUAGAAUUAUUAGCUCGAUUAGGUGAAAUUGCAAUAGAAGUGACAGUAUUAAUUAAAUAAAAGAAAGAAAAAAAAAAACAAAACAAAAUCAGUAGCGAAUAAAAUAUCGUUUACGUUUAAAUUAUUAAAUGGUAUUAGGUACUUAAAAAAAGUGAAAAAAAAAACAACCUUUUCAAUUGUCUAUUACAUUUCGAUUACCAAUGCACCUUAUCGACUGUUAUACAUACAUUGUAAUAUUCGGUGAAUGCCACUGAAAAAAUAUUCAUACUUAUAUAGUGCGUGAGACGCAUGGUCACUCAUUUAGUGAGUGAGACGCAUGCGGAUGAGAUGAAGCAAAGCGAAAGGGAAGCGCGCAACUAGAACAUAGAGUCAAUGGGUACUAUGUGCUUGUGUUUGUGUUCGUAUUCUAACGACGGAGUGACGAAAUGUAUGCGCGCUAUAUCGUUCGUUCGUAUGGAGUUGCCCCGCUUCUCUUUCGCUUUGUUUUGUCUCAUCCGCGUGCGUCUCUUUCACUAAAUGAGUGACCAUGCGUCUCACGCACUAAAUAAGUAUGAAUAUUUUUUUCAGUGGCAUUCACCGAAUAUUACAAUUUAUGCUGUUAUAUGUAUAAAAAAUAAAACAAGACAAAAAAACGAUGACAAAAUACUGAAGACUACGGAGAAACGCAGUCAAUGAAAACAAAAUGCAGCACAACAAAACAAAUUUUCAAUACAUUUUCUCUCCCCUCCUGAUUCCACAAUCUUAAUAAUUAUAAUAACAACAAGAAGAAAAACACAUUACGUAGACUAUAUAGUGUACAUGAAUGGAGAAUACGAUGCGUUUUCGAUGAUUUACUUUUUAAGUUACACACAGUGCAAAUAAUUGUUUCUUUUUCAAAGAUAUUUAUCAAUAUAAUACACAAUUCAAGAACUAUUUACAUUUAAGGAUUAUACAUUUAAAUUCGUUUUAGCAAAUUCCAAUAGGGAUCUUUGAAUUUGUAAAAAAAAAAAUAAUAGUUACAGCUAAUGAAAUAAAGACGAUGAUAAAAUUCAAUCAUGAAAUUCGAAAUGAAUUAUUCCUUUUUGGUUAAUGUAUGAAUGGUUCUCAUAGUUUAGUGCUGUUUUGAUGUAUUUUAGCGUAAAUUUCGUCAACUGAAUACCAACACAUCAUUCUGAAUGCAUACAGUUUGAGUUAAGCUCGUAUCAGCUUCCUCACUCUAUAUUGCGUUAUAAUAA